ACAAUGAUUACUUAAAUACCUAAGUAUUGGAGGCUGCUCUCUCAGUUCAUAAACAGACGUGAAGUGUGUCGGACCUGGUGUCAAGUUUGGAAGCACCAUGAAAGUCAUUACAUGCUGCAUAUUAAUUAUUGUUACCAUCACGGCGCAAUGCUAUGGUAUAAUCAAUAUCAGAGUAGACGACUCACAUUUGUCUACUCAGUAUAGCUAUGAAAACCAAAGACCUCAGAAUACGGAUACUUAUCCACAGCAAUUUGAGGACAGAACCACAAAGUUACCAGAACAGCGACCUCAAUCAAAUCGGCCGAGACAACCAACCAAUAACGUGGAUCAGAUGACUGAACGAGGCGGGGGUAAUACGAGGGUGCCGACCUAUCACAAUCAGAUGACUGAACGCGUCCCAUCACAGCGACCAAUCAACCAACCAAACUCUCGCGACACUACAACCAAUCCAACGACACAUAGGGUUUCUGAUCUUCCAGAACAGGAAGAACAGCGACCAAUACAUAGGAAUAGAGUAGUUGCAAAAACAAACACUGUAGUUGCCAAUGGAAAUUCAAUAGUCACUGUCGUAGAUGACAAUGGAAAUGUGGUCUCGUAUAACACGGGUGGUCGACCAGUUUACCAGCAUAGGCACACUUAUAGUAACUCUUUUGAUACAUACCAACCUAGGCCUACAACUGAACCUAGGCGUCCUUACCAACCUGACUCUAGACAGUGGACUGGUUACAGAUCUAACCCUCCAUUCCAACAUGAACAAACAUACGAUGGUGGUAAUGGAGGUUUGUACGUCAGCCAAUCAAUGAAUACUGGAGGCCCUUAUCCAAAUUACUUCCACAACUAUGUUCAUAUCCCAAAUUAGUAUCUUUUUUUUUGAGGGGGGAAAGUCAUCCAAUGACUUCUCCCGCCUUGAGCGAGGCGGGAGGUAGUGUCAGACUCUUACUGAAUAAAAACCACCCCGUACCUUCUCCUGCUUUGAGCCGGAGCCCCGGUAACCAUCUCAUAUUGGUAUCUACAAGUCACAUCACAUCAACAGCUUAUUAGUAGCCACUGCUGUCCAAAGCCCCUUCUCAAAUAAAAAAAAUAAUAAUUGUUCAAUGCAGGUUGGCGAUUUCAAACUCAUAACUAGAAAUUAUAAAUCUAGGUUUCCUCAUGAUGUUUUCUUUAACCGGUUUGUCAGUGUUGUCUUAAUAAACUUAGAAAGUACAUACAACUUAGAAAAAGUCACAAUUGUAGGUUUCGAACCCGCAUCCUCAUGUAUAAGAAGCGGGAGUCUUAAACCUUCUGGCCACCACAAAAUUUCUUGUGUAAUUUUUUUAAGGUUGUGUAAGGUUCUAAAAUUGCGAAACGUCUAUAGGUGCCAUGUAUUAAUACGUUUUUAUAAAUAAAUAAAUAUUAAUCCAGCAUA